AUGGCUCGGCCGCUGCCGCUGCUGCUCUGCCUGGCCGCGCUGGGCGCCGGCUGCCGGGCCGGGCCGCCCCCCACGGCCGCCGCCACGGCCGGCCCCUCCGCCGAGCCGCUGCAGGACGAGGCGGACAACCAGGAGAACAUCCUCUCCCAGUUGUUAGGUGACUACGACAAGGUGAAGGCGGUGUCUGAAGGCUCCGACUGUCGGUGUAAAUGUCUGGUCAGACCCCUGGGCCGUGGCGCCUGCCAGAGGAUUAACGAAGGCUCUUUCAAAGCGGAGGAUUUUUACACGGUGGAAACCAUCACAUCUGGGCCCAGCUGCAAGUGUGCCUGUGUGGCACCUCCUUCCGCACUGAAUCCUUGCGAGGGAGACUUUAGGCUGAAGAAGCUCCGGGAAGCGGAGAGCAGUGACCUCAAGCUGUCCUCCAUCAUCGAAAUGCUGGAAAGUGCAUUUUAUGGCUUAGACCUUCUGAAGCUGCACUCAGUCACAACAAAAUUGGUGGGCCGGGUAGAAAAGCUUGAGGAGAAUAUGUCCAAGAACUUCACAAAGCAGAGCGAUGGUGAGAGAGCAGAUGUGGAGGAGCAUCUGCAGCAGCCCCACCACAGGGACAAAAAGAACUGCUCCAGCCUCAUCACUAACAGUCUUGCUGACAUCGAGAGCUCGCUGCAGAGGGACGCGGAGGCUGCCUAUGUGCACAUGGAGGGAAAAUAUGAAGAAAGAUUCCUGAAAGAUGAAACCAUCUCUCAGCAGAUCAACUCCAUUGAGUCCCUCCCGGAGCUGCACCUUGUUCCAGAGGACGAGAAGUCAAGGCAGCUCUUGCAGAGGAAACUGCACAUAAGGAGCCGGGCUCCUUCUAAACCCACUAUCGUCCGAGGGGUCACCUACUACAAGGCCCAAUUCAUGGAUUCGGAGAAUGACAUCGAGGAGCAACAGGAUGAGCUCUUCAGCGGGGACAACACAGUGGACUUGCUGAUUGAAGACCAGCUCCUGAGGCCCAGCAGGAGGGCCGGCGAGGGUGUGAGGAAGCCUGCCCCAGUCGGGUGGCCGCCCACCCUUGGCAGUGACCCCACCACCGCACCAGCCUCCAGUACUGCUGCCCCGGCCACUGUGCCCCUGUCCCCUGCUUCAUCCGUGGAGCCAACACCCAACCCCACUGCUGUGGGCCAGCUGCUCCCAACCCUGGAGACCGCAACUGCCCCAACAGAGGUGGUGGGCACAGAGUCCUCACAGCUGCCAACAGCUUCCCUCUUGGCCAGCACAGCAGCACCCACGACUGUGGAGAGCCCCCCUGCCGCCAGCAGCGACAUCCCUAGCCCUGCUGCAGCCACCACCACUGUCCAGACCACAAGAGACACUGGGACAAGCUCUGGCCCUGCCACAGGCAGCAGCCCAGGAGCUCUGGAAGAGGUGAGCACCCCUCUGAUGCCAGCCAGCCCCACGAUCCCUGCCACCCCCAAGCAGACCCUGGAGGAGGAGGACAUAAGGAACAUCAUCGGACGCUGCAAGGACACGCUUUCCACCAUCUCGGGGCCCACGACGCAGAACACGUACGGACGCAACGAGGGUGCCUGGAUGAAGGACCCCUUGGCCAAGGAAGAGCGGAUCUACGUCACCAACUACUACUAUGGGAACACGCUGGUGGAGUUCAGGAACCUCGACAACUUCAAACAAGGGCGCUGGAGCAACUCCUACAAGCUCCCAUACAGCUGGAUCGGGACGGGGCACGUAGUCUACAAUGGGUCCUUCUACUACAACCGGGCCUUCACGCGCAACAUCAUCAAAUACGACCUGAAGCAGCGGUAUGUGGCUGCCUGGGCCAUGCUGCAUGAUGUGGCCUAUGAGGAGUCCACGCCAUGGCGGUGGCGAGGCCACUCGGACGUGGACUUUGCUGUGGAUGAGAACGGCCUGUGGGUAAUCUACCCGGCCAUCAGCUACGAGGGCUUCAACCAGGAGGUGAUUGUGCUCAGCAAGCUGAACGCAGCCGACCUCAGCACCCAGAAGGAGACCACGUGGCGGACGGGGCUGCGCAAGAACUUCUACGGAAACUGCUUUGUCAUCUGCGGCGUGCUCUACGCGGUCGACAGCUACAACAAGAGGAACGCCAACAUCUCCUAUGCUUUUGACACUCACACCAACACCCAGAUCAUCCCUCGGCUGCUCUUUGAGAACGAGUAUGCCUACACCACCCAGAUAGACUAUAACCCCAAGGAUCGCCUGCUCUACGCCUGGGACAAUGGGCACCAAGUCACCUACCACGUGAUCUUUGCCUACUGAGACCCCAGCGAGAGUGGGAUGCUGUAAGGGGCCACCAGCACCUUUUAUUAUUAUUGUUAUUAUUUUGUACAAAUCAAAGAGUAAAUGUUAUGUUCAUUUUGUUUUUUUAAAGGUGGAUCGUGGAUCGAUCCCCUAGGCCAGAUUCACCCCCUUUGUCUUUGGUGUAACCUUGCUUCUGUUUUUACGGGGAGCCUGCGGGCAGCGGGGAGGUGCCGGUCUGCAGCGGGGCCGCUCCUGCAGGAGGGGAGAGCCCGGCGCUCCUGCAUGCGGCCAGCACGAAGGCCGCUACGCAGGAUGGGAUCCAGACACGGCUCUGCCUGUGGUUUUUAUACGAAAAGAAUCGGCAAUAAACGAAGAAUCUGGUGCAAAGCUGGCCUUUCUGCUUCACACAGCAGGUCCCGGGGGGAUGCUGGUGUCAGCCUGCCCUGGCGGAGGGUGUGCGCGUCGUAGUGGAAGCGUCCUUUCUCCUGGAGCAUCUCCCCCGGCGCCCGAGCCGCAGGGGGGUGGUGAGCAGGGCUUGGCAGCCCCCCCGCUGACGCCUGGGCCCCUCUGCUCUCGCUUAGCCCUGCCCCUUCCCUCCGGCUCCCCUUGGGCCAGGGGCCGGGCCGGCAGCUGGGGGCCGCUGGUGGGCACUGUACGGACCUGCAGUGACUCCUGUUUGCUUUGUAAGCCCGAGAGGCCCCUCGGCUGCUGCUGGGCGGAGGCUCCGCUCUGCCUCGUGCCGCGCUGCCCGGCGCCGGGCCGCACUGCCCCUCAGCAGCCGUGGGGGCCGAAGGCAGCACCCACGAGGGGCCCUGGCCGGCCUGGGCACUCGCUGCCCCCUCGUCUCCUGCACCCGUGGCCACCCCUGCUCCCAGGCCGCCUCCUUCCCUGCUCCCCGUGGCCCUUGCGCCUCCUGCCAGGGUGCCGCGGAGGCUCCGCCGCUGCCCUUGCGGCCUGGCAGCAUCUUGUAUUUACCCGCUGUUUAUAAUAAAGGAGCAAGUACU